GAUGACGGGUGUGUGUUUGAGGAUAGUAUAUUGGAUAUUAGCGACAAAGAUUUUGAUAAUUGUGUAAAGGACACUAUAAAAGAGAUGACUUGUGUGUCUCUGGCAACUGGAUAUCCCACGGAGAUGUCGGUUAGUCAGUCGUUGAUGUCGUGCUUCCGUAAUUUGAUUAAUGUAUCAUUGGCGGUUGACUUUGAUAUUCCUGAAGCGAAAAAUUUUAAGGAAAUGUUGGAGAAUCCGCAGAUAGUUGCAGCCCAAGUUCCUGCGAUGGAUGUUGAAAUAACCGUCGAAGAGAAAAAGGACGUCAAACUGGCAAUUGUGGAAGAAGAGUCGGAGAGUGAUGAUUUCGACGACAUUUUCGGUUAAUAACUUUUCGUUUCUUUCUUUUCCUUUUUGAA